AUGAAACCUCCAAAGGCGGUAACGACGACGACGGAGGAACAAAUCUUGCGGAAACAGCCGCCGUCGCCUCCUCCACAGCCACCACGAGUUGAGUCCAUGCUCCAAUGGUGGCGGAGAUGGACGGUUUUGGUGGCAGCAAUCUGGAUUCAAGCAUUCACGGGGACAAACUUCGAUUUCUCGGCCUACUCCUCCGACAUGAAAUCGUCGAUGGGUGUUUCUCAAUCGCGGCUGAAUUACAUGGCGGUGGCUUCAGACUUGGGUAAAGCAUUGGGUUGGUCUUCGGGCUUCGCGAUUGCGUACUUCCCUGUCCCCGCCGUCCUUUUCGCCGCCGCCGCAAUGGGACUCGUGGGUUACGGCGUCCAGUGGCUAUCCAUCGCCGAUGUAAUCGAUCCUCCAUACUCUCUGGUUCUGGUCUGCUGCUCGUUAGCCGGGCUGAGCAUCUGCUGGUUCAACACCGUCUGCUUCAUCCUCUGCGUUCGACACUUCGACUCCAACCACUCGCUCGCGCUCUCUCUAGUCGUGAGUUUCAAUGGGAUCAGUGCUGCGCUUUACACGCUUGGCCACGAAGCAAUCGGUGGGAAAUCAUCAGCAAGCUCUGACAUUUACCUUCUCCUCAACUCUCUUAUCCCUUUAAUCGUCUCUGUUUUGGCGCUCUGGCCUGUCCUUACUGACCCUAACUCCUCCGAACCGCAUGACACCAGUCGAACCCGUGACGAAACCCGAAUCUUCAUCGUCUUCAAUGCCUUGGCCUUAAUCACAUGCUUUUACCUCAUCUUGCCUUCCUCUGACACCUACUUAGCUUCCUCACCUCGUUGGCAUUUCCUCGGAGCCAUUCUCCUUCUCCUUUUCCCAUUGUGCGUCCCGUUUCUCGACUACAUCCACCGUGCUCUCCAGUCCUGUUUCCACCACCGCAGCUCGGGCUAUGCGGUGGUUAACAUAGAGGAGCCCAAGAUCCUUAAAAACGUGACCUUCAAACUUGAGGAGGAAUACUGCGAUAAACUGAGGCUAGGAGAUGAACAUUCUCUGGGAAUGCUGGUUCGUAGGCUGGAGUUCUGGCUAUACUACAUUGCCUAUUUCUGCGGGGGAACCAUCGGUCUUGUUUACAGCAACAAUUUAGGACAGAUCGCUCAGUCUCUUGGACAGAGCAGCUCAGACUCUAAAUCCUUAGUCACACUCUUCUCUGCCUUCUCCUUUUUGGGAAGAUUGCUCUCCUCUGCACCUGACUUCACGCGCAAGAAACUAUACUACUUGAGAAGAACAGGCUGGUUCGCAAUUUCGCUACUGCCAACACCUUUGGCAUUCUUCAUCCUCGCUUAUUCAUCCAAGGCGUACCAGACCGCGCUGCUACAGCUUGCGACCGCACUUAUCGGGUUAAGCUUAGGGUUUGUUUUCGCCGCUGCCGUUUCUGUAACUUCUGACCUCUUUGGACGCAACAGUGUUGGUGUUAACCAGAACAUCCUUAUCACUAACAUUCCCAUCGGAUCGCUCUUCUACGGCUACAUGGCCGGGUCUGUCUAUGACACCAAUGCGAGCCUCGGCACCAAAUCUGUCGUCUUGGACUCGGUUGUUUGUGUUGGAAGUAACUGUUACUUCGUAACGUUUUUGUUUUGGGGCUGUUUGUCUGUUUUGGGAUUCGUAUGUAGCUUGUUUCUGUUUAUUAGAACCAGACUGGUUUACCACCGGCUAGAACGAAACAGAAUCUAA